GGUCUAUCUGGUGACGCACAUUUUGAUGACGAUGAAGACUUCACCACAGGGACACCUCUAGGCAUCAACCUCGAUUCGGUAGCGGUUCACGAGUUUGGGCGCAGUCUGGGUCUGGCUCAUUCAGACGUACGGGAAGCUAUUAUGUAUGUUUUGGGUAUUCAGGAAUCGUAUGGAGGUAAGUUUUCUUUAUUUAUUGUUAUUGUUAAUGUGGUUUUUGUUUUGCUUUUGUUUUUGAUUUUGUUUUUAAUUGUUUUUGAUUAUUGUUGUUUCUGUUAUUGUUUGUGUUUUUGGCGUUGUUUUUGUUUUUGUCAUGAGAAUCCUAUAAUGAACUUUUAUGUUUGAAAUGAAAAAGGAAAAAGGGAAAUAGAAGAUUAGUGACGGCUAUUUCUUGUUAAUCAGCUCCGAUAAUGGCCACAACGCAAAUGCCAAUCACCACAGAAUCACCAUCUACAACAGAAUCAUCAACCUUCACAGAAUCACCAACCUCCGGAGGACCACCACCAACAACAGAAGAGU